UUUGUUUUGAAUUUGAAACGUAACCUCAAAAAAAGCAAAAUAUUUUAAAUGUAAAAUAGUCCUAAAAAUUGAGAAAACGUCAUUUAUAUACAGAUAGUUUCAGUGAAACAUUACAAUGACUCAUACGGCAGGUAGACCCGGAGGAGAGUCGGAUUCGGACCCCGAUGACUAUUAUGGCUAUUUCGAUGAGCCGCCAAGGAAUUACUUCCAGUACCAACAACAAAAUGACAAGAAAAAGCUUGAAAUGGACUUGCAGGAUUCCAUCAUUAAUGGAAGUUUGGCAGAAGUGCAAGAAAUUGUUGCUACCAGAUUAAACAACAAUGUCAACACUCGGCUGGACAGUGGCUGGAACGCUCUCAUGCAUGCAUGUUUCCAUGCACAAGAUGCUAUUGUUAAAUAUUUAUUGGACGAAGGAGCUGACCCCAAUUUUCGCGCAGACUCCAUGACGCCAAUAAUGACUGUGUGCUCAAACAGUAACGCCAGCAAUGAAGUGAUAAGCAACAUUGUGACUAACCUCUUGGAGAAGAACUGCAAAAUAAAUUGUAUGGACAAUUAUGGACAAACUCCACUCAUGAAGGCUAUUGGCUGCGGCAGGGUGGAUGUUGUACAGAAAUUCUUAGAUCUCGGAGUAAAUAUUGAAGUCAGAGAUCUACAAGGUUGGACAGCAUUGUUCUGGGCAGCUCACCACAAUCAACCUCAAAUAUUGGAAAUCCUGAUAGCCCGUGGAGCGAGGAUGUUAGAAGUCGACAAAUACAAUCGCACAGCCUUAGAACUAGCCGAGUUACACGAUUAUAAUGAAAUUGUGGAAAUAUUGAAAAGGCAUCUUCAAAUACCGGAGGAUCAUGAAGAGUCAUAUGAUAUGGAAAUUACCACUUGGCAUGAUUUUUAUCCGGGUAUUAAAAAGGGGCAAAGUCCAGACUAUAGAAGCGAAAUCCCUCACCUGUUAUAUGGUAUGCACCUUGAGAAUUUCACUUCAACGAUUAUGAAGUCUGGCAUGGAUUUGAGGACAUUCCUAUUGCUAGAAGAAAGUGAUAUGGUGAAGUUAGGUAUGGACUUACCAUAUGAACGACAAAGAUUGAAGAGUGGACUUCGUCACUUUCAUAAGAGGAACUGGAAACUUAAGGCCGUAUCUGGUCUUGCUCUGCAGCCUACUGAUAAUUUUAGUAUGCUGAACUAUUUGACGUCUUUGGGAUCCCACCUUCAUCAAAUAUACGUGUUAGAAGCAACCCUCCAGUACACUCUGCGAGAAUACAACAAGAUUCAAGAUCAAAUCAAAUUUGAGCCACCAGAGUCCCCAACACGUGAAAAAAUGGUCACCGCGGCCAAGAACAUGCUCUCAAACGUAGACUGUAUUAAAAGAGCUUCUGCCAGAGUACAGAUUGUUUUGGAAAAGAUAGCUGAGAAUAAUCCAGAGCCUGCAGAUCUGAUCAAGGAAAAGACAAUGCGGGACAUAGUACUGGGAUACUUCACUGAAGCUGUCGUCGUUGCUUCUCUAGGUAUGAUAGUCUACCAAGCCAGAAGCUAUUUCUCACAGUUCAUAAGAAAAUAAAUGUGUUUCUCUCAUAACUGUUAUUAUAUGAGUUCAAAGUCUGAGGGCUGAUGUAUUAACUUGGUGUUUGUUUAUGUGAUAAAAAGUUUUUGUUCUGUAGUCACACGUUGCUUCCUAAAUUUGGUAUAAGUAUCGCAUAUUAGACCAUAUCGUUAAAGUAUUCGGCAUAAUAUACCAAGUUUCUUUUGUCAGAACGAUUAGUUUUGAUACUGCAACUCAUAUAAGACUAAAACCACAGUUUUUGUAUGUUUAGUGUGGUGUUUGUGUCAGCUUGUGCCAUUUUUACUGUAUUAAUUGAUACAAAUAAUAAGUACUUUUAACUGUACUGUACAUAAUGCUGUAACCAAAUGAUUUUUCUCAUUAAGUACAAGUAUUUUAGGUUUUUACUGUUAGCACAAACAAAUGUUUUGAGUAUUGUGUACUUAACUAAUAAACCGACAAAUAAUUUCUUAAAUAUAAUGUAUGUUUGUGUAAAGAAAAAAGAGUGUAGACAGGCUCAUGUAAAAGCCUAAAACUUUAGCCCUAUUCAGACAUAUCUACGUAAUGUACCUAGUUAAUAAGAUUUUUAUACUCAACUCUGUUCAUCAACAUCUGGCGGCGGUAUUAUUUUUCGAAAAUUUAAUGCCUGCUGCUCUAAUACUAAAUGCAUUUCGUACAACAUGAUAAUCUUUUAAAACUUGUGCUAUUGAUUAUUCUAGUCUCAAACAUUUUGAAUCUCGAUGUAUCAAUAGCUUAUUGACUGUAAGGCUGAUUUUAGUGCCACGCUGACCGUCAGCGCUGACGAUCAGCGUGGCUCGUUUUACUAUUGUCCUGACUAGGUCGUAUGCAUUGCGCGUCAGUCCCGCGAAGCAGUCAGGGCUGACCAUCCUGACGCCGACGGUGCGCGUGCCGUCAGCGUCAUACUUAAACCAGCCUUAGAGUCGCGCUGACCGCACGCUAACUGUUAGCGCUGACAGCUAAGAUAUAUGAACUUCUGAGAAGCAUUUUUUAAAGAAGCGUAGCUGUCUGUUCGCACGGUUCCUAGAAGUUCAUAUAAUUAUUUGGGCUGUCAGCGCCGACAGUCAGCGUGACACUAAAACUGGCCUAAAGUCACCCUAAAACUUGCAAGAAGUCUUUUAACAUGUCUGUGAAUAGCACAAGUAACAUAGAAUAUCAUUUUGCUACAUCUAAUUUGUAGGUACUCUGAGUACAACAUGAUCAUUAAAGGUAUUUUUGUAACUAAAAUGAUAUAAUGUAAAAUAUUAUUGUAUUCAACAAUGAUACUUUUGUGUCUAGUGUAAGUUCUCAGUAUUUCUUUAGAAUAUGAUAAAUGUUAACAAAAAUUCUCCUUACAGUACUGCCAAGAAGUUGUUAUUGUUUUUCUAAAAUGUGAUUUAUUAUGUCGGCUUUGAUUUCAUCCGUGACUUGUAUUUUCGAAUGUCCUAUAACAGUUUCGUGUUUGAAGGGCAAAUUGUGACAAAGUGCAAUUAUUUUAGUUGUCUUUUUCAAAUAUGUAGACUUUAGUGCAGUCAGCCAAUCCGUAAAUAACGAUUAGCUCAUGUUUGAAACAUUCUAAUUACAUUUUCUUAUUUUAUCUGGCGAGCUUUAAUCAGGAAAGAAUGUUGGAUGUUAGUCGCCGGUCAGUAUUACUAUUGAGUCACAGAAACAGUGAGACCAUACAUUUGGGAUAUUAUUUUUAGCUCGUAUUUUGAUUGAUGUUUUAAUUCUUUCAGCAUGUAGGCGGGCUUUAUUUGGAACGGCCACUAUGUUAAAUCUGAACGCAUGUUAUCAUUGCGAUGAAAUGAGUUACUCUGACCGGCACAUCGGCGUACUUCAUCAUUGUAUAUCACGUUUAUUCCCGCUAUAAUUCAUGUAUUUCGACGACCAUCAUGGCACAUCAUACACGCACAUUGAAAAUUAUGAGUGUCACUUGCCAGUCUGCUGGCGGCCUUGUCACUUACAGUUAGAUGCAUUUGGGACUUGGCCGGCAUUAAUUAGAGCUCGUUCAUAAUUAAUUGCACGUUAUUUGUAUCCAUUAUUCAUACGUAGGAUGUGGUGUGGGUGAGCUCGCCGAUGCAUUCAUGCGUUGCAUACAACUUUGUUUUGUCAUGAUCUAUACUUACUGUACCUUUGUCAGCAGUGCAUAAACUGCAUAACUUAUACCCCUUUCCAGUAGCCGCCUAAUGAGUGCAGCUGCAACUUUUUCUGUAAUAAAAUGCUCAAUCUUA